UGAGAAGCAUGAAGUUUAGAUUUUUGUGUGUGUGUUGACCUUACUGUAUUUAUUUUAUAUACAGAUAGACGAAUGGAUGGAUAGACGUUUUGGGGGGAGAUUGGUCACCAGCCAAUCCCAGAGCACAUAUAAACAGACAACCAUUCAUGCUAACAUUCACACCUAUGGACAAUUUGGACUAGUCUUCAAUUAACUUGCAUGUUUUGGGGGUGUAGGAGGAUACCUGGAGAAAACCUGCAAACAUUCAAACUUUACACAGGAAGGCCAGAGCAGAGAUUCAAACCCCAAACCUCUGAACAGUGAGAGACGCAUGCUAACCACUUGACUACCGUGCUGCCCAAUAUUAAUCCCGUGAGGGAAAUUAGCUUGCCACAGCCGCAAUAUUCAAACAUGACAUUUGAACUUCUCCCAAUAUGUACAGUGUAUCAAACAUCUAGUGAUAUGCAUAAUAGUUGUUUUGCACAUUACCUCCUCUUUGAGUUUCUAAACAUUGAAAUAAAUAGAGUAUGUCAACCCAAACAGCACAUUAAAAUGUUCUUUGUUUACUUUCGUAAAUAAAUAUGAUACAUUAUAUACUGUAGUCAGAAUUCUUGACUAUAUUUGUAACUGUGAAAUUUCCAGUCAUCCAAUUACCCACGCAGAGUGAAAUGACUCAAAUGGACCACUCCUAUGACUGUAUUUACAGAUAGCAAAAAAAAAACAACAACCGCAAAACAACAUAAUUACAUGUUCACAAAGUUAGAUCAAGUUUCGCCACUUCCGGGCUACCGCUUUGAACUUUCACAUUAAAAGAGCAUCUGUGCAGUGUGCUUUUGUCGUGAAGGGUCGGUGGUUCAACUGCAGCUUGACGCAGCCGAGGUUUGGCUGCGUGCACGCGCGCGCGAACACGACGCUGGUAGACCGGCAGAGCGCAUCCGAGCACAGUGCGGACUGCACGAGCCUUCACAGCACUGGAUUAUUAUCAGCAAACACAGGGCUCUCCAGAAGAGGGCACACCAACCUCAACUCCCAUCCCGUCAGGUCCUAGGGCUGUGAGCGCCAUCAGGAUCACGCCUCUGUCAACCAUGAAAGGAUCCCCAGACCUGAUUCCUGCUGCAGGCCUGGACCCCAGCAGGGUGUGCAAAGGGAAAGGAGUGGUGACACUGAGGGCCACCCUCGUCAACUUAGAUGACGAAGCCCACAGCGGUGCGGGAUCCAGUGUGGUCGCAAAACCAAGUGUCUGCUCAAGCCAGAUGAAUGGACGCUUUGCUGAGGGAGAUGCUAAUAUCACACCUGAUUUCCCUCCUGGAAACAACAGUCACUGCUGUCAGACCAAUUCCCUAGAAAGCAUAAAAGAAAAUCAGGCUCCAGCUACAUGUGACAGCAACAAUUGUUUCCCAUCAACCCCCAGCGCCAUCUAUCCAUGCACUAGCACAGUUAAUCCCACAAUAGUUCUGCUGCAACACAACAGAGAGCAGAAAAAGCAUCUUUCCCACUUGGAAGACCCCACCCCAGAAAGAGACAAAAGUCCUGAUCCUGGGAGAGAUUUGGUCAGUUCACUUGCAGACAUGGAUGGCAAAAGGCUGCGACUGUCGCCACACUCCCCCGUCCACAGUCCACUCAACAGGCCUAUUGUGCCAGUGCGGACCACUGAAAAGUCCAAAGACUGGUACAAGACAAUGUUCAAGCAGAUUCACAGCAUACCUGAGCCUAAUGAGGAAAACCCUUACCGCCCCACCUACAUGUUCCCUGAAAACUAUGACAUUCACAUGAAAUCAAAAGAAAAUGGCCCAAAUCGCUUUGGCUACUUGGAAGAUGUGAAAGGUGUGUCACGAUCUCAAAGCGAUGCAGAUGUUGGUUCAAGAACAAGUUCGAUGCCAGUGCCGACGCGGUCCUCAUCGCUCAAGCCCUAUACUAAGAGAAAUGAGUGGGAGCCCCCGGAUAAAAAGGUAGACACCAGGAAGUACCGUGCUCAGCCUAAGAGCAUCUUUGAGUAUGAGCCGGGGAAAUCAUCGGUCCUGAAGCUGGAGAGAACGACUCAGGAUGUAUGUCCGGAAGAUGUAGAUUUAGAGAAUGAGCCGUGGUAUAAAUUCUUUUCAGAGAUGGAGUUUGACAAAGCGAGUGCCCCCUCCUUCAGCCCCCUGGAAACAGCCUCCGACCUGAAGAACUACUCCUCAAGCAGGUCUGGACACAGUGAGGUGGAGAAGGAUGGAGGAUCAUCAGAAAAUGAGCCUGUGGCUCCAGAAUGUGACCGCCAUGUUUACAAGACUGUUCUGGAAGGUGGUGACAUUCCCUUACAAGGCCUACGAGCCUUAAACAAGCGCCAUGGCAGCUCGUCCUCCUCUAAAGUGGAUUAUAAAGGUGGGAAUGGCUGUAUAGAUUCACCCUGCUCCUCUAAAAAUAGUCAAUCGGUUCUUGCCAGUAAUGCAAUAGCUAACCAAUGUAAGCAUAAGAAGCCUCUUUCUGCAGCCAAAGCCUGUAUACCCCAAAUCCUGCCCUCCAAGUUCAAGCCCAAGCUGCUGUCUCCUGGUGGUGAUGUCCAGGAAAGCAGCACACGACCUGUGAGGAAACUGAAGGCGCAGAGCUGUGAGGAUCUGUACUCAAGUACAUGUGAUCGUGACAGAGCUGGGACAGAGGUGAGGGAAGGGGACCAGUGGUCAGACUCCUGUGCUGACGGCCUCAGAGAAGUUUCUCCUGGAGUCAGGAGGAGCACGUCAGAGUUUUCUAGCCUGUACAGGAUCAUGCAUCACAUCCAGCGGCCCAGCUCAGUGGGCUGCAGCCCCCAAGGCAGUGUCCGCAGCCUGGCUUAUCUCUUUGAAGGGGCAAAGGAUAACGUGAGUGAAAAGUCAGAGGCUGACGACGGGGGUAACAUUCCACGGGACACGGUUUUGUCACGGGUCACUGAGUUUGAAAUGUUCAUUCAACAGUCCACUUUAACACCCAGUCGUUCCUCCUCGUUGCCCACAUUGAACUCCAACUACAGCCGUAGCCAAGAACACUGUGGCUCCCUCUACCUGCCAUCUGCAGUGUCAGCUGAGUGUCUUUUGGUGGUAGACAACGCUCAGACGGAUGCCUGGUCCCCUGUGGAGGCAGGUGGAAAGGACACAGAGGAGCUCUUGUCACCAGGCAAUGAAACUGUGGAGGUGGUAGCCUCCCCCACAGAAGAUGGAGGCCAGGUUAAGGCUGAGUUGGCUUCUUCUACUGAUUCUGAGGUUGUACAGAUCUUCAAGAAGAGCUCCCUGGAACAGACCCACUCAGCUGUCAGUGGAACAAAGAGUCCCUCCACCCUGCCUCCAGUGUCUUUCCCACUCCACCACCACCACCUCCACCAUCUGAACCCCCAUCACUUCCCCCUUAAACCCACCAAAUGCAAAGGCUCCUGUCCAGCUUCCUACACCCGCUUCACUACAAUUCUCAGGCAUGAGAGACAACAGGCCACAGCCCAGCAAGAGAAAGCACCACCACCAGAGAAGAAGACCAUGCUGCCUGGGAAUCUUUUGCUCAUGGGCCCCGCCCCUUUCAGGUUACGGAAGAGCCUCCACUCCCAGCAGCCUCGGAGGACGCUUUCAGCCACUAAAGUGAUAACAGGCCCUCAGAGACCCCACAGCACAUUUCCUGAACCCAGACCUCUCAUACCUCAGCGUCUGUCCUCACUGGAGGUCCUGGAGAGGCUGAGUAACGGGGAAGGAGACAACUCUGAGCAGCUGAGUAAUGGACAGGGCUUGGAUGCCAACGGGAACCUCCUGCAGCCGCUGGCAGCUCACCACAGAGACUCAUCCCCAGCACAUGGAGAGAGCCAGGAUGAGGUGCUGAGGAGGCGUCAUGGUGACAAAGAGAAAAUGUUGGAGGAGCAGCGGCGGCUCAAGCGGGAACAGGAAGAGGCUGACAUAGCAUCGAGGCGUCACACUGGCAUUGUACCAACACAUCACCAGUUCAUCACCAAUGAGCGCUUUGGAGACCUGCUCAACAUCACAGAUAACACAGAGAAACGGAAAUCAGGCAUUGAGAGAACUCCAGCCAUGGCACGCUUCGACUUCAGAGCGGAAACUCUAAAGGAAUUACCAUUUCAGAAGGGAGACAUCGUGUACAUCAUUAGACAAGUGGAUCAGAACUGGUAUGAAGGGGAGCAUCAUGGAAGAGUUGGGAUUUUCCCUCGAAGCUAUGUUCAGCUCCUGCCCCCCACAGAGAAAGCACAGCCCAAGAAAAAUGUCCCAGUGCAAGUGCUGGAAUACGGAGAUGCUGUUGCCCGCUUUAACUUCACGGGAGACACGGUGGUGGAGAUGUCUUUCAGAAAGGGAGAAAGGAUCACGCUGAUUCGUAGAGUGGAUGAGAAUUGGUAUGAAGGCAAAAUCUCAGGCACAAACCGCCAAGGCAUCUUCCCCGUCACCUAUGUCGAAGUGCACAAAAGGCCACGUGUCAAAAACGGCCUGGAUUACCCAGAACCUCCUCUCUGCUCCUCGCCACAACGCAGCACCAAUGCCUCCCCUCAGUUGUAUCGUAAUCGCCUGACCACUUCGCCCCUGCCCCUCCCUCGCUCCCCCUGCCGCUCUGUGUCCCCUGAGGUCCACGCUGUCUCCUCUGAGUGGAUCUCUCUGACCGUGGGAGGUGGAAGUCCACCUGCCGCCCCGACGCCCCCCUUGCCUCCUCUGCCUACUGUGUCUUACCGCUGCGGCGAGUACCUGCCCCCACCUUUCUCUGCCAGCCCUGUGCCUCCUAUUACCGGCAGCCCUUACUGCAUCUCCCCCAUGACCUCGCCAUCUGCCUCCCCUCUGCCCCCGCCGUACCCACCAAGGCCCAACUCCGCCACUCCUUUCCUCACUUUUACUCCUCCUCAGGGGGAGGGCUUUCUGCUCUCCCCACCCUCACCACAUCAGUCACGUAGCAUUAGCCCCUGUGGUGGGCCAGUGUUGGAAGGCUGGCUUCGGGCGGAGGGGGAAGGUGCUGAGGGGAACGGGGGCAGUAGCUGUGCUGCCCCUGGGAACAGACAAAAUAGCCCUGCAGAGCUUGUACGGAAUGAUGUUGAUCAUCAUGGCCGGAACUCCAGAAGCCCUGUGAUGCUGUUUGAUAUCCAAGAUAACAACAAUGUGAACUCAUUUGCGGAAGCAGUGUGUAAUGAGAUCUUGAAUAUAGCUGAGACCUCAGUGAGGUACUGCGGCACGUUGUCCCAUCACCCUCUCAACGCACUUCAUGGUCUGCACUCCCACCCCAGUAAACAAUCUCUCAUCAUUUCCCAGCAACCCCUGUCCCACAGCAGCAGCCCAGAGCCGAGCCGUCUCAACUGUGGAAUUUUCCAAGCUCUAUACAGUUACGCACCGGAGAACGAAGACGAGCUCGAGCUGCAGGAGGGAGAUCUCGUCAGUGUCAUGGAGAAGUGUGAUGAUGGCUGGUUUGUUGGUACCUCAAAGAGGACAAAUCAGUUUGGUACUUUCCCUGGGAAUUACGUAAAGGAGGUGAAUCUGUAAAGUGUAUGAACCUCAACUGUAAACACACACUUGCCUGUCAAGCUAUGGUCAUCAAGCAUGGCUGUGGGUUACAGUAGUCAUUUAGUCAAAAUGAUUGAUUCAUUCUAAAGAAUGUAAAAUUGCACAAUGAAGAUGGUUGUAUACGCAAUGCUCAAACCACAGCAUGGUAUAUACAUGUAUUUUAUACACGCGUGCUUGUCUCCACAAUGAAUCUGGCACAAGAUAUUUUUUUUAUCCUGCAGAUACAGGCUUACAAUCUGCUCCUGUCAUUUACACUACGGGCUCUAUUUUCAUAGAUGGCGCAACUGCGGUAGAGUGCAAAAACUGGCAUAGCUUUAUUUUCGUGCAAGCUCAAGGCUCGCUGUGCAUGUUAGCCAAUUUGGCAGACCGGGCUAUGACAAGCUGGCACAACAAGGUUGACAUGCGCCCAGCGCAUGUGAUAAUUUAGUUGCAGAAAGUAGGUCUAAAUUUAUGUCUGUUUGUACCAUGUCUAAGUCCAGCGUAGUAAGUAGACCACUAGUCUAAUGCGAGUUUGGCUAAUUUCAUUGUGGGACAGGCAGACUGAUUCUGAGCUCCACGGACGUGUGUUCUGGUCGUCCCAAACAUCUUCCAUCUAAGGAUUAUGGAGGCCACUGUGCUCUUAGGAACCUUAAGUGCAGCAGAAUUUUUUUUUUUUUGUAACCUUGUCCAGAUCUGUGAUUUGCCACAAUUCUGUCUCUGAGCUCUUCAGGCAGUUCCUUUGAUCUCAUGAUUCUCAUUUGCUCUGACAUGCACUGUGAGCUGUAAGGUCUUAUUUUGACAGGUGUGUGUGGCUUUCCUAAUCAAGUCCCAUCAGUAUAUAUAAGGGGGCUGGUCUUUUGUGUUGUUUACCUUUUCAAGUCAACAUUGGCUAGAACACAAUCAGUGCCAUUUAUUUUAUUGGGUGCAAACUUAAUGCAAACAAUGUUUUACACAACCUUUAUCACACAUCAUGCGCAUGGUUAGAAAAAGUUUUCCAAAUGUGCUGUUGUCUUAUAUUUUCUUAGCCACCAUGUUAAAAACAAAAAAGCACAUGUCGGGCAGUGAAAAAAAUCUCAUAAUAGCAGAGGUAAACAGUGUAAAUAAUGCACAUUAUUUCAGACACUUAUUAUUGUAUACGUAUUGUUGUAAAGCAUUAGUGUUUGCUGACACGUGAUGCGCAACGACAGGACAGGCGUGGUAGCGUUUAACUUCCUGCUUGGUCAUUUAGGGAAAUUUCCACCAAACUAAAUUACCACAGGAUUACUCAUGAACAUUUGAAGCUGACAACGUGUCUCAGACAAUAGUGAUUUUUAAAGCAUCAUGAGAUUCAAACUACUGUACACCCUUCUUGAUGGGAUACGAUGUUCCUGUCGUGUAAAUGUGUGCAGCAAUUUAUGAGGCCUUCGAAAUCCGGAUACCUAUUUUCAUAACUCCCAACGUCUUGUUUCCAAACUGAUAUGACUAAGUCAGUUAGUGCAGUUAAGUCAGCAUUAGUGCAGCAUCCACAAUAAAAGUAGUCCAAAUCACAUAUAAAACGCUGUCAUCCAAAAGCCUGUGUAGGAGUUGUGAUUUCCUCCUCACCUUAUGAACACCGCAGUCCUAACAAUGUAGCAUGGUCUGCAAUUAUGUCCACCUCAAAUUCCGCACCAACACUGAGAUGUGCUCAACGAGUUGUAAUCUAGAACAGAAACACAGUCAUUCUUAGUGCUUGUUGCUUCAGAUGUAUGUAGGGCAGUUAAAAAAAAAAAAAAUAUCAAUAUUUAUACUGUAUGAGUGUUUAAGAGUCAAUCUCUAAUCAAGCAUUGCCAGACUAUCAGUAGCUCUUCAGUAUUAUACAGAGUAUGGAAGGAUAUUGCAUCACAGCGUAUUAGCUACAUUUGUGCAGUGAUGAGUGUUGUACAGUAUGGUUGGAUUGCAUAUUUAACAGGACCCUGUAGCAAUCUGGACUUUGUCCUCACUAAUGUGUGCGUUUAGAGGCAAAAAUCAAGUUGUUUUUUUUCCUUACAGUUGUCACAAUGACUACAACAUACUGUAUUAUGAGUGUGCCUGUGUAGCACUUAUAGAAUGUUCUGAUAUUUUGUCACCUCACAAACGCAUCUUUUAUUCAGCACAACUGGCCGAAACAUUUUAUUUUUGUUUUUGUUUUUACGGGGGAAUCUCAUGUAACUUGAGCUCCAUAAAUGUUUUUGGGCUUGUUGGGAGUCUGUGUGACUUACAUCUCUCUCCUAUAACAGAACUACAGUAACAUGACUGUAAAACAAAUGUAGCUUACAAUGAAUUGCUUGUGUCAUAACACAUCGCAGGAUGUAUGAAUGUACGAUAUUUGAAUGUGACGCAGUGUAUAAAAAAUAUGUUAAAGGGUCAUCUUGAGGUAACAGAGAUAAGGAUUGUACAUAUGUAAAAUAAUAAAUAGACUGCAUAUGAUGAGAGCAUCAGAUGGAGCUUUCAGUGUGCAGCGUUUUAUCUACCUGAAGGAUUUUGCCACAGUGUGGAACGUUACUGAGCACAGGAAGUUUGAUGCAUAUGAACAUUACGCUGCCAUUUGUGAGCUCAUAAUGCCUUAUGCCUGGUGAAAAAUUGUGCCUCAUUUUCAUUCAUGAGUAUUUUUCACAUGUAUCCAUGACAUAUUUAAGUUACCAAGCUUUCCCCAUUUAUUUCUGGUCUCUGUGGUGGGAGUACAUUGACUGAGGCUCUUGUCAAUUACUGUGGAAGUAUCAAAAGUGUGACAUAAUGCUUUCAACUUAAUGAUUAUGUUAGGCUUUGCGACACGACCUGCAACAAGUUUGGUUUGUUUGCUUCAAUUUGCAGUGUUGUUACAUUGACAAUAUUCAAAUAAAGAUGCUUACACUGCUGUGACUUUGGUAUUAUGCAGUAUUUAAUAAACCUU